UAUACGUUUUAACACUAUUUAUUUUUGUUUCUCGGAAUAACGGCGAAGAUGUCUCAAAGAAUAAAACGUCUCAUAACACGGAGUUCAUUGAUCCGUUAAUAGAAGCACAAAGUAUUAAGUUAUGGAAUGCAACAACUGGAGAAUUCGAUAAUUUAUUAGAAAAGUACAAAGAUUACUGCAAACCCAUGUACUAUUAUACACCUGACUUCAAAGCAGAAGGACGUCGCGUUAGUGAAGUUAAGUGCUUGGAAUAUAUUUGGAGAAUACGAUACGACAUUGCAGUACGGCUAAGAGAGUUCGAGCCAUGUCCUAAUCGGGGGAUAUACAGGCCCGUUGUCAUCGGAGGUGAUGAUGCUGAAGUUGGCGAGAUUCCACAUAUGGGGGCUAUUGGUUGGCUCAGUAGUGGAUCUGCGCUGUGGAUAUUCAAAUGUGGUGGAGUUCUUAUCAGUGAAAAGUUUGUGCUCACUGCUGCCCAUUGCUCGAGAGUGACUUCGCGUGAUACCACUGUCAUAGACGUAACACCUAAAGUUGUUCGAUUUGGUUCUGUGAAUCUGUUAGGCGUGGAUAAAAAUGGCAUUUCGCCGGAAGAUGUGCGUAUUUCAAGAGUUAUUGUUCACGAUAAAUAUCAUGCUCCUAAAACAUACUAUGACAUAGCUCUGAUAGAACUAAUAAACCAUGUAAGCUUCACUCGAAGUAUCCAUCCUGCAUGUCUGUGGACUAAGGAUAAUGAAUUAUCUGGGAAAGGUAUAGUCGCGGGUUGGGGGGUAGUUGAUACCGCGAGUCGUCGAACAUCGUCCAUAUUACAAGUAGCCGUAAUGGAUAUGGUGCCAUCAGAGAAAUGUAAUAAUACAUUGAAAAGCAAACGCAACAGACAUUGGAGGCAUGGCCUUGCUUCCCAUCAGAUAUGCGCCGGCCACAUGCCAGGUGGAAUUGAUGCUUGUCAGGGUGAUUCUGGAGGUCCAUUGCACAUUAAGCUUCUAAUGCCGAUAAAUGUACAUUUUGAGUGGCGUAUGCAUUACGUAGUGGGCGUGACGUCAUUUGGUUAUGGCUGUGCGCUGGCCAACACUCCUAGCGUUUUCUCAAAAGUAUCUCAUUUUAUUGAUUGGAUUGAAAAUAUUGUUUGGGAAAAAGAUGUGAAUGCAACAUUGAAAGCAACAAGCAAAAGUAAAUGAAGAAAUAGCAGCAAUAAAAAGACUUUUAUCAACCUAUUUUAUGUUUUACUAGCUGUAGCCUACGACUCCGUCCCGCGCGGUAUGUUCAAAAAUGGCUUCAGUAGUCU